GAUAGAAUAAACUCCUCGGUAUCAAACAGUCGAACAUUAUCUCGCCGCAAAGGUAGAACCCAUCGGAGCAGCCUGGCUGUCGGAUAAAAUUUACUUACUACCGACUACCUCUGUCCGCAGUUACAUACUCCCCAGUAUAUAAUAUAGACACAAACAUAUAUAUAUAUAUAUACAAAGAGUAAUUUGUAAUCGGGAGAAUUAUUUUUAGUCAUUCAGUGCGUGUUCUGUGCAGGUGGUAUACAGCUCCGUAUAGCUGACGGAGUCGCAAUCACAGUCACAAUUACCAUCUAUUGCUAUACUAAUAGAUACAAAAUUAUAUAAUCUAUCAUUCGAACGCCCUAUAUAUAUACACACACACACACACACGCGCGAUAUUAUUCGUUGUAACUAACACGCUGCGGCCGUACAACGUCGUACUGUGAAAUUUUAGAGCAAAUGGUACAAUGAUCAGCAGAUCGGUGAUAUCGGGGACGCGGUUAGCCGCAGUCCUUUUAAUAACGAUAACGAUUUUUGGAAUCGAUCGAAACUGUCACGCUCUACAGUACGAACCCAUCGACGCAUUCUCAUCGGCUGACGAAUGCGCUUUGGUCCUCGACGGUCCGGGAAGAUCCAGCGUCUUCGAUUAUACCUACAAUUUACUGAGGGGAUCGUUUCCACCUUCUUCUGGGAGUCAAACGUGCAUCACCUACGACGCCGUGAAUCACGCCUACAUCGAGGCCCGGAAACGGAUCCACGUAGCUCAACCGAACACAGAAACAUGGCGAGGAGAAGAUUUGGCGACCGUCGGAGAACUUCUUUUGGACAUCUCGAUAAACUUGGCUCAAAAAUACGGAUUAACGUACGAAGACAUCGAAAAGGGACUUCCGCUGAUCGAUACCUCCAAGACAUUGAUUCGUGAAGUUUGUCCCGCUUUCCUCAGCAACGUAGAAUGUCGUCCCGGAAAAUAUAGGCGAUACGACGGCCUGUGCACCAAUCUCGACAACCCUACUUGGGGGGCUACCAUGACGCCAUUUUCAAGAUUACUUCCACCGAAAUAUGCUGACGGUAUAAACGCGCCGAGAACAUCGGUGACCGGAAACCAACUACCCUUAGCUCGUGUCGUGUCCCGUACGAUGCAUCCCGACGACGGAUAUCACGAUCACGCCGGAACCGUCAUGGUCAUUGCUUGGGGACAGUUUAUGGAUCACGAUUACACGUUGACCGCUACACCUCUGGAUUCCCUGAACCGAAACGACCCAGAAGAAUGUUGCCACAGGCCACCCCACCUAAAGAAUCCUUAUUGCAACGAGAUCCUGAUCCCGGAGGACGAUUACUUUUACAGAUUAUUCAACGUACGGUGCAUGGAUUUCGUCAGGGGUUUCCCAGCCCCUCGACCCGGAUGUCGUCUCGGUUCUCGCGUCCAGUUCAACCUUCUCACCGGUGUAUUGGACGGCAAUACCGUCUACGGGGUUUCCGAAGCUUUCGCCAGAAAACUCCGUACUGGUUAUGGUGGUCUGUUACGAAUGAAUCCAGUAUUUUCGGAAUAUGGACUGAAAGAUUUGCUGCCUCUGAAGCUCGACAUUCCAGAUGAAGGUUGUACCAGACCGAACCGUUCUAUGUACUGCUUCGAGGCUGGUGAGAUUCGAGUGAACGAACAACUAGUUUUGACCUGUAUGCACACUUUGUUGGCCCGAGAACAUAAUCGAGCAGCAAACGCACUGGCUCACGUAAACCCUCACUGGGACGACGAAACGAUAUUCCAGGAGGCGAGACGUAUCGUAAUCGCUGAGAUCCAGCACGUCACCUAUAAUGAAUUUCUCCCAAUUCUGCUCGGAAAGGAGGUCAUGGAGAAGUUCGGCCUUCUGCUUGAGAAAGACGGAUAUUGGGACGGUUACGAUCCCAGCGUAAAUCCAGGUGUGAUAGAUGCUUUUGCUGCUGCGGCCUACAGAUUCGGUCAUUCGCUUCUCCCAACCGCGGUGGAAAGAUGGAGCAAAGCUCACAAAUUCAUUGCGUCGAAACGGCUCUCCGAUCUUAUUCGAAGACCGUACGAUCUGUACCGCGCCGGAGUCUUGGACGAAUACUUUAUGGGACUGAUGAAUCAAGUCGCUCAAGCUAUGGACGAUUCCAUAACUCAGGAGGUAACCAAUCACCUGUUCAAAAAAGUCGGUGCAAAAUUCGGCAUGGAUUUGGUAUCUUUCAACAUGCAACGUGGUCGAGAAUUCGGACUGCCGAGUUACAUGGAAUUCAGAAAAUUCUGCGGACUUCCGGGCGCUGAUACUUUCGAAGAACUUUUUGGUUCCAUGCCGAACGAAACCAUCAGGCGAUACUCUUCAAUAUUCGAGCAUCCGUCUGACGUUGAUUUGUGGUCCGGCGGUGUAUCGGAACGUCCGCUUCCGGGCAGCAUGUUAGGUCCCACCUUCGCUUGCAUAAUUGCAACACAGUUCAGUUAUUCGAGACGAGGAGAUCGUUUCUGGUACGAACUUCCCAAUCAGCCCUCAUCAUUCACUCCUGAACAAUUGACUGAGAUCAGGAAGGCGAGGCUCUCAAGACUCAUCUGUGACAACACGGAUCUAAUCGACACGAUACAAAUUUACCCGAUGGUUUUACCCGACCACGAAAUAAAUCCGAGAGUACCUUGCCGCAGUGGUAUUUUGCCGAGCAUCGACUUUAGCAAAUGGGCAGAGUUUCCGCCCUCCCAAUCGGAUCACGCCGCCCAAUACGUGAGUAAUAUUGCCGCGCAAUAUUCGCACCUGGGCAAGUAGAUAUGAAAAAAAAAGUACACCUCAGCAUCCUGUAACACCGUAGAUAAAACAUAGAUAUUACGAGUUUAGAAUUAGUUGUUAGUUAUCAUAUAGUUAUUAGGACCUACUAGGUAAUACUUCACCGUUCAACGAUCGGCCAACGGCAACGAAACAACAAAUCACUGGUAACAAUCGAGCCAAAACCGAGACCUUCCUCAUCGAAUGGUUCUUAGGGCUACAACAACCUUGGUAAUCACGCAUUCAAAUAAUUCACUCUAUUUCGGAGGAAAUGUGAGUUAAAUUACCGUGAACUAGAUUCUUAGUUUUUUUACACCUUGAUGUUAACGUUGAAAAUUUCAGCUAUCAAUAAUUGAUAAUAUGCUCGUGAAGGAAGAACUGGAGCGUCGCGAUAUAUUUUUUUUUUUUUUGUAUUUUUUUUUUUUUGGUCUAAUCAUGAAGUGCGUGCUAAUGAGAAACAGUGGUAAUGUUAACGUUAAAUAUUAUUCAGAUACCUGCCGAAUACUCUGCUGUUCGAAAUAAUUCUACGGUAAUAUUUUUGACGUAGUAUUUUAUUUUUAAUUUUUUUAAUUUUUAUAAUUUAAUUAUUCGUUUUUACGAUAUACGUAUGAUUGAUUCGUUGUGCCCCGAAUACCGACCUCUGUCGAACCCAUAAUUGCUUCAAGCAUCAUCAGAAAAUUUUCUCCAUCGCUUCUAUUUUUUUUUUUUUUUUCUUACUUCCUAACGAUUAGUAUUUUCCGUAACAAAAAAUGUUUUACAGCUUUUAUUCCCUCGCAUUUUUCAGCUUUUAAAUACCUGGAGAUUUGAAUUCAUUCUUCAUAGAAUAUCAUAUCACUGUUUUUACCCACCCUAGCAAUUGUAUGAAUUAUCCAACGGAGAAACUGCGGUGAUCUCUUUGCCGGGGAUCGGGCCAUCCGACGUCCACAGUGGAAAUAUCGUCUCGCAAUUCUUCUACUCAAAUUUGAACAGAAUCGUAUCUUAUUUUGGCUUACAAUUAGCACAGGAGUAAACGAAUUCUGGUGCCACUUUUGUUCUAUUUGUCACCCGCAAGUAUAUGCGGAACACCUUUAUUCACGCACCUUUGGCGACGCACCUGCACGCUGGAACAUUUAUUUUAACGGCUAUCUGCAUCAAUUUGCAACACUAUUUGAAAAAUGCUUUCCCUAUUCAGCACGAAUUACACCCUGUAUUCACUUCUAUCCAUUUUAACGGGAACUUCAAAUCUUUUAGUAGAUUCUGUUUUUUAUGAAUUUCGUAAUAACUCGACACGAUUUUUAUAAGAAUAAUUUAUUACUUUCAUUAACAUUUUUUUCUUAAUCUUUAUAAAAUCUAUCAGAAAUUUCAGUGUGAUUCACGCACACGCGCUUCUUGCUCUCAUUUUACUUUUUCGAAUUCUCUGUUCAACCAACUUAUGCCCUACAAAAACUUUAACUAUCUUGCCUCUAUCUUGUCAGUGGAUUCGAAUCAUUCGGAAACGUUGUAUCGAAAGAAAAGCUUCAAGUCUAUAUUUUAUACCACAUAUCAUUAUAAAUGAAUAGCGUAUGCAUAAUGUAAUAGUCGAAUAUUUGAUACGUAUAAUUAUAUAAUUAUUGAGGAUGUGAAAAAAAAAAAUCGGAGUGGAUUAAAAAGGCAUGGGUCAUUAAUGGCGUUAGAAGAUAAUUUUUCAGUAUAAAAUCAUCAUCUAUAUAAAUAUUAGAAUAUUAUUUAUUAUGUACGGAUUGUAUUUAUGUAAAUGGCGUGCGACUACAUUGCACUCGUAAAAAUACAAAAAAAAAAAAAAAAACGAAGAAAAAGAACUCAUGAUCCGCUGCACUCGUCUGCACAAAUUAAGUAGCUGGAUUUAUUUUAUACUUGAGAAGUAUUAUUGUAUCGUAUAAUGUAAAUAUACAUGUAUUGCGUGGUAUAUGAUAUUGUUUAAUAUAUAUAUAUACACG